AUGUCUCCUGAUUUAAACCCCAUCGCCCCCUCCCCGCACGGCCGCCAUCCCUCUCAACCGACCGACUCUCCUACAUCCAUCUCAAACUCCCCUACGGCCUCACGACGCGUCUCUCAGGUGAUGGGACCUCCUCCAAUUCCAGGAAGUACAGCCAGUGUUGCUCCGUCAAACAAUGGCGGCGCUGCUGAGACAUCUGAUAUUGGCAUCGGGCCAGGACCUCUCCGUCAUCCUCGGCCGAUGACUGCCGCCGACCUACAUUUAGUUUUAGAAAAAGAGCAAGAGGCAGUGGUCAAUCGCCUCACACGCGAACUCACCGUGCUCCGGCAGCAAACCGCCUCUGUCGCGUCUACUGCAUCGACCACAUCGACAGGCCUCAAUGACUCCAUAGAUGGGACAUCCUAUCCUACGUCAGCUCGUCAUCGAUCGUCCUCGAGCCUUAGCGGUCACAUUCCGGCGGGAUCAGCAGCCUUGGCAGCUAGCGUGUCCAGCAUUGCUCCUUCGCGAGAUACAGCUUUACCUGCGUCACGACCGUCUGGGGAGUAUACACGCGUGGUACGCAGCCGUGAGCCGUCUGUGACCUCUCCACGACAACCGUUAUCGCCUUACGGUGACCACGGGCAUUCUUCUAUCGGGCAAUCUCAAGGCCCCCAUCGCAGCUCCGUAUCUCACUCGCACUCGCACUCUCACAGCAACACCUAUCUUCCCGAUGUGCAUCGGUCGGCUUCUAAUGCUUCUACAGCGGGAAGCCGGUAUGAAGAGACUGCUCACCACCGGGUAGAGUUGGAAACGGUCAAGAGGGAAAAUGAAAUGCUGCGUCGGCGGGUACGCGAGUUAGAACAGAGCCUCAAGACGUAUCGUGAUGCACAGCCGCACGACGAGUCUCCAACAGCCCAUACUUCCAGCCUGGUUGCUGCAAACAUGUCUGGAAGCAACGUCGUUCACGUGAAAGGCAUCGCAGCCACCACCACCGAGAAGGAAGUUCGUGACUUCUUCAGCUUUUGUGGAAAAAUUUCCAACCUGACUCUUACGCCUGAAUCUGGCGAAGCCGGUGCUUCCCAGUCCGCUACCGUAACCUUUGAAAAGGAGACUGCUGCAAAGACUGCACUUCUUCUCGACAACACCCAGCUCGGACCCGCCGCCGUCCAUGUUGAAGCCGCGCAGAGCAUCGACGACAUUGCUGGAACUCAUGCUGCCAGCGCCCACGAGGCCAAGGACGAGCACCAGCAUGAUAUUGAACAGGAAGACAAGCCACGCUCGCGAAUUAUUGCCGAGUAUCUUGCUCACGGCUACACCGUCAGCGACCAGGCCAUUCAGCAGGCCAUUGCUCUCGACAACAAGCACGGAUUCUCAAACAAGUUCACUAACGCGCUGACCAACUUUGACACCAAAUUCAAGGCCACCGACCGGGCCAAGGGCAUCGAUGAGAAAUACAAAAUCACCAACCAGGCCAGCACUGGCUGGCGCGGCCUUACCUCGUACUUUGAAAAGGCCCUAGACACCCCGACUGGCCAGAAGGUGCGCGACUUUUACGCGCAGACCGACAAGCAAGUCCGUGACAUUCACACCGAAGCUCGUCGUCUUGCCGACCUUAAGAGCGGAAAAGCUACCGAGGGCGGUGCUGCUACUACUGAGGCUACUUCUGCUGAGGUCCCUGGCAUUGCUACGGAUGCAAGUGCUCUCCCUCCAAAUGAGACCAAGCCUGUGGCUUAA